GGUAUGAGCGCAAACACGAAAGGCAAUCCCUCGCUCUCUCUCUCUCUCUCUCUCUCCACCAUCACACGACAUUUCCAAGUAGUGAGACGACGACGACGACCCUUUUGUGUUGGGUUGAUCUUCUUUCCAUACUCUCUCUCCUCUCUCUCUUUCUCUCUCUAAAAAGCUUGAAAUGGGUUCGAGCAGCAGUCGGAUGGGGCGCCGCGCAUCCGAGUCCAAACCUAAUGGGUCGAGGGCUAGGCGCAUACUCUCCUCUCUCAUCUGUGGUUCCUCUACUUCUCAAUCACCCUCUGAGAUGGAAGAAUAUCCAGAAAAAUUCCCAACAAGUUCUGUAGAAAAUUUGACUCCUGUUAAUGAUGAAUUGCGUAGCUCCAGGACAGAAUCAUCUUCAAUCCUUAGUUCAGAAAGUGAGGUUAGUGGUUCCAAAACUGAAGUUGGAGCCUCAUCUGAAGGCAGCACUGGUUCUUUUGAAGAUAACUUUGCUGAAUAUUGUGUAAGAAAUAUUGAGGCAAGUAACACCAGUAAGUGCCUUUUGGAUAGCAAGGAAUCAGUUUCUAAUCUGGUUAAUGCUAAUUGUAAAUGCAAAGAAGUUUAUUUAAAUAAGAAUAGUGCUACAGCUAGUACCUCCUAUGAAGAACAGCCAUAUCUAGGAUCAGUUUCUGUGAAUUCAGGGAUUGGAUUAGAUUCAGCUGCUGUGGCCGAUGCUGAGGCUGAUGCUGAUAGUUCAGAAAAAACAACUGAAUCUUUGAUCUGUCCAGAGGACAUGAGUUCACGCAGUGCAGCCCAGGAGCAUCCUGCUGAGAAUUCUGUUGAAGACCAAGUGAACUCAGUCACGAACCUUAAUGCUUCUUCUGGGUCUCUUUCUGAUUCUCUAUCAAGUCUUCAGUUUGGAGACAAUACUGCUCAAGUGCCAAUACCUCCUGCUUCAGGCUUUCUUGUGUCUGACAGUGAUCAGGGUCCGAGAACUGGUAGUGUACUUCAAGUUGAUGUGGUGAGUAUCUCGACCAACAUUUUAUCUAAUAGCAUUGCUGAAAUAAGUAACCGUGAGGAAAGAAGGAAUAGUAGAAGAAGACUAUUUUGGGAUGCUUUACCAAGACGCAGUUUUAGCAGGCAUAAUGAUUCCCCCACUAUAGUUAUCGCAACAGGUCAUGCUGAUGAUCUAAGAUCUCACGACAGAUGGGUACUUGAUUUGAGUGGUGAUCUUCAUUAUGAUGGAGUUGGCCGUGAGUCUGAAUACCUGGGCACUAGAAGGCAUCGCAGUAUUGAACGACGACGGCAAUUAAGAUCCGAGAUGUCAGAAAGAAUCCGAAGUGGCCUAGAUGGAGGUCGGCAAACUACUUUAUGUGCAUCUGGGAUCCACCCUGAUGGCACUUGCUCAUGUGAUUCAUUCUUCAUAGGUGAAGACUUCAGUACUCUUGCAAGUAUGUCACGGAUAGUCAUGCUUUCUGAGGCUUUGUUUGAGGUUUUGGACGAGAUUCAUCGCCAACCUUUGUCUCUUUCACUACCCAUGCUCUCAGUCCCUGCUCCGGAGUCUGUUGUAAACUCAUUUCCUCUCAAGAAUCACAAAAGGUCAAAUGCAACUGAAAGUGAACCAAGUGAUGUGAAAGAGUGUUACAUUUGUUUGGCUGAGUACGAAGAAGGGGACAAAAUAAGAGUUCUCCCUUGCAACCAUGAAUAUCAUAUGUCAUGCGUUGAUAAAUGGCUCAAAGAAAUGCACGGUGUAUGCCCACUCUGCAGAUGCAAUGUUUGUGAGGGUAUCACCCAGGGUUCUACUUCCAACACUGAAAUUCCAUCUCAAUGAUCAACUGUAUAUAUCGAUGUAGAUAGGUAGACUCUGAAAUGUUCAUGCCUACUGUGGUGUACCUGAAUUUCAUUUUCUUUCUGCCUCUGUACUUGUAUUAUAUAGUUUAUCAGACAUAAAUAUAUAUACAUACAUGAUAUAGUGUGUAAAAUUUUCAUAUUCUGCAGUUUAUAGCUGAUAUCUGUGUAAUAUUAAUCGCAUAGACUUUGAUACAUCACCAUGCGUAAUGUUUUUUGGUGUGAUGAGGAAUUGCCAGCCAAACUUGGAAGAUU